AUGACAACUACUGCAGUUGGACGUCGGGAUUGGUUUGAUCAAGUAGAAAGUGAAAGAUUACCAGCAAAUGAAGAAGUUGAGAAAGAUGGAAAAAUUCUUCGAACUGAAUAUCGUUACGAUGAAAAUACUGGAAAUACAAUUAGAACAACAAAAACUUAUCGUAUAGAAAAAAUUCGCGUGUUACCAAUUGUUGCUGAAAGAAAAAAAUGGCGUAAAUUUGGUAACGCAGCCAAUGAUCCACCAGGAAUAAACACGGGAACAACAAAAGUUGACGAUGAUAUAACAAUGCAAUUUAUCAGUAGCAAAGAAGAUGCACAACAAGAAGAAGAAGAAAUGAUUAAAGGUGCCGUAGCUGCUUUAAGAAAAGUUCAGUGUCGUUACUGUAAAGGUGAACAUUGGACAACAAAAUGUCCGUUUAAAGAUAGUUUAGCAUCAAUUAUGGAUAAUCCAGAAGUUAAAUCAAGUGAUACAGUUGAUCGACCACCUGCUCCAAGUAAUACACAACCAUCAGCAGCGGGUGGAACAGCAAGUGGUGGAGGAGAAACUGUUGGUAGAUGGGUGUCAACAUCAGCACGUCGUGGAGGAGCAGGAGGUGGAUCAGAACGAACCGAUCGGGGACCAGAUAGAAUGGGUGGCCCGUCAAGAGGUGGUGGAAGUUAUCGAUCAGGCGAUAGUUCAAUGCGAAAACAAGAUGAAGCAACUGUUCGUGUUACUAAUUUACCAGAAGAAACUCAAGAACAAGAUUUACGUGAUUUAUUUCAACCAUUCGGACAUGUUAGCAGAGUAUUUUUAGCUAAAGAUAAAAUCACUGCAGCAUCAAAAGGUUUUGCAUUUAUAACAUUUAAUGAGAAGAAAGAUGCACAAAAAGCAAUUGACUGUGUAUCAGGUUUUGGUUAUGAUCAUUUGAUAUUAAAAGUUGAAUGGGCAAAUAAACCGAAUAAUUAG